AUGACCACCGAAGCUUCGCGGGCUACAUUCUGGUCAGAAGACUACACUAGCGGAAUUGCAGUUCUGCUUGGCAAUAUUGACAACGAUGUUUCUGAACUGCAAGAAUUUAUCGAAGAUGUAGAAACGUUCGACAACAAAACUGUUAGCCCCGCCAUAAAAUCGCUAGACAGCUUAGUGCGCUCUAUACCGAGCGAUACGGAUGAGUCUUUGUGCAAUAAACUCAAGCAGCAGAGAAAGGGUCUCUUGGCUGAAAUUCUUGAAAAGUUGCAGAUUGCGAACCGAUCCAACCUCGAAACUGCUUGUCUAUCACAAUUGCAAGCGCUGUUGUUUGAAUUCGAAGAAUACCAGCAAGAGAGUAAGGAGCUUAUCGAGAAAAACUAUGGGCUUUACAGCAAGCAUCUGUCGCUUGCGAAACGCGCUCGAGUUGAUGUGACAACAAGAGCGCAACGAAUUAGAGAGGCGUCUCAAAAGCCAUUGCUUCGCAGCGAAGAAACGCCUUUGAGCUCAGAAGAAGAAAGAGAUUACGCGAAUGAGUCCAGUAUUCAGUUCCCGUUGACGCUGGAUGCUAAACUUUCGUUUUCUAGCGAAGAAAGUUUCUUUGGAUUCUGCAAUAAACUCAAAAAGCUGACCAAAACUUCCAAGCGACUUAUCUACAUACCGGGUGUCUCCAAUGAAUACUUUUCUAGCUCAGCUUUAUUCGAAUCUCUCAAGAGGAUCGAGCCUCGCAUGGACGCGUCCCUUUACAACUUGGAACGCCUGGGACAAACUCUAAUAAACAACGAGAUAAUUUCUCCAUACAACGGUAUACUAGGGGCCAAAGUCAGCUUUGCGAGAGAUGGAUACUAUGUUUGGGGUGAAAAUUCGAGCCCGGUCAUCAGGCCGGCCGAAGAAAAGCCAUUGAGGCGGGCAGAUGUCUUCAAUGGGCUGUUUAAGAAGAUCGGAAGAUCAAGUGGAUCAUCCGAGCAGAUAGAGACCACCGAAGAGCUCGGAUUACGGCAGCGUGAACUUGUUGAUCGCGAAGAUCACUUUUUUCAAGAGUGCCAGAAUUUAGAUUACUGGCGCACGCAGCUAGAACUCGAGCUACAGAAGUGCAUGAACCAGUACCACAAAAUGCUGCGUCAUAAGAUCCAAAUCCUCAAUAAAGCCUCACUACAGUUCUCCUCGCUUUUGAAAGAAGCACUUUCGACGCAGUCGAGCCUGACGCCAGUUGGCGCUGACCAGGAAAUCAGACGUAUUUAUAGAGCGAACUACGGAAUUGUCGGCCACUACGUCCCGCAGCCUGGGGUAGUCUUCGCAAAGCAUAACCAGCUAGGGGAACUAACAGGGGUUGCAAUGUUCCAUGCCGACUUGCAAGAAUUUCCCACGAACGAGCUUGGUGUCGCCAUUAUACUGCACAUCCUUCUUGAGUACCUGUGGGGAUGCGACGCGCUCGAAGUUUUGCAAGCUUGGCAGCUGCCCCUGGACCUCAGGCGAGUAUCGCGACUGCGCCGCGAGUGCAUUGUUGAGUUCAAAGAGACCGACGGCAGUCAUUCGGCCAGCUUGGCGAACAUUCUUGCGAGCAAACCAAGACCGCUAGCUGACGUCGUUGGCCUGCUGCAGAGCUGGCUGCUGGAGCUGCCGGAUAGCCUGAUACCCAUGAUUUGCUACGAAGAGAUAAGCAGAACACAAAGCAUAGAGGGCAUGUCCAUGGCGCCUGCCGAGCACCUGGUAAAUCUGGCCGCAGUCUGCGAUCACUUCAGGUGGCUCGUUCAGCGCUGUGGCGGCGAAAAAGUGCGUACAGCUUUCGACAGCCGGACAGACUUUCCGCUGUAUCACGUCUUUGCGCGUACCAGGACCAGGAACCCGCAAGAAGCACCUGUGGUCUCAGGUGUUGUACAUGAGAUCCUGUGCAAAGAUGAGUCGGCGGAACGCCUACGUGAGAUGGCAAAAAAUUCAAAUGCGAGAACAGACGCUCGAGCAGAGGCGCGCGCCGACCUGCAGGCGGGAAGCUCGAAGCACUCGUCGCCGCCCUCCACAUCAAGACUCGCAACGCCUGCGGUGUUCGUACCUCGACCGCUCAAGGCCGCGCACAGCGACGCGUCAUCGUCCCGGCCCAGUAGCAAGCGCAUUAGCGGACUGGACCUAGCUGUGGUUGGACAGUCCGACUCAGAGAGCGAAACAGAGCCCAAAGAGUCCAAAGAGCCCAGUACCCUGGCGGCGGGUGUGGCAGAUUAG